AUGGCACUGAUGCAACAAGGAUACCGAAACUACAUGGCAAAACGAAAGCUGGAUUUUGAAAACAUAACCGACGAAAACGAACCACCCUCUAAACGCAACACAAGGAGUACUCAGGUAAGCACGGCGGUGACUUCUUGUCUUCAGAAAAAUUUUAUCAAAAGUACUAAGCGCGCGUUUAUGCUAAUCAUUGGAAACAUCAAAUCUUCAUGCUUAUAACAGGCUGCCGCCGAAAAAGAAGCAGCUCUUCCCCAUGGAACUCGUCUAAUUGACCUUGACACAUUUCGGAAACGUCUCCAAAGCUGCACUCACUGUCAAUCAGGUAAAUGUAUGUACUCUUUCUAAAUAAAGCCUGACCGGAAUGGACUUUGCUGGACCGGACUUUAACAUUUGCUCUUCAGAAAAAAUUAUAAUAUAAUCUACCAUUUUGUGUUUGCUUAUUAAAUUAAGUAUCUACUGUAAACCCACAAGUUUUUGUUUAUCACAAGACUUUAUUUCAAUCCUUUGUAAAACCUACCAUGCACCCAGUCCAAAAAAAAAAAACAAAACAAAGGAUAAUGCAUUAUAUUAUGCACAUACAUAUUUUUACCCCUUCUAAGCAUUCAUUGUUUGCAAGUGACCAGUAUUAUUUCCAUCUACUCCAGGUAUAAUUUAUACCCUAGUUUGACAACCAAACCCUCUUAAAAGCAUCUGGAAAAAUAUCACGGGUAGGAGCAAAAAAAGAGUAGGAAUUUCUUAUGCUAGAAUACAUCAAAUAUGCUAGAUGUGUUAUUCACACAAAGCCUUUUUUACUUCACUUAUCAUAUUUAGGUCCACUUUCUUUUUACAAUGUGAGGGAUGAAGUACGCCAUGGCCUAGCUAGCACAUUUGUGAUUAUUUGUUCAGUCUGUGGAAAAAACAAUGAAAUCAAAACUUCUGAACAACACAAAUCUGGUCAACGUGGUCCUCCUGCUUUUGACGUAAACACACGAGUGGCCCUUGGUUGUCUUCAUGCGGGUAUUGGCCAAACACAUAUAAACAACUUGCUCUCUACUUUGAAUGCCCCAACUAUAAAUUCUGUCACUUUCAAAUUGAGGGAAAGAGAGGUAGGAAAAGCUGUUGAAGGUGUUGCAAAAAGUAGCUGCCAGGAUUAUUUGGUAAUAGAAAAACAAGAAGCCCUGCAAAAUGGUGUUCAGGUUGAUGAUAAUAAUCUGGUGCCUAUUUCAUGUUCCUAUGACAUGGGCUGGCAGAAACGCGGCAAGGGGCAUAACUCUCGCACUGGUCAAGGAGCAGUUAUGGGGUUAUCUUCUGGUAAAGUGCUGGACUAUACAACAAGGACAAAAAGUUGUAGAUUUUGUGACAGUGCCAAGGCCAUGGGAAAAAAACCCAAAGCUCAUGACUGCCGAAAAAAUCAUGAGGCUUCAUCGAAAGCAAUGGAGCCCGCUGCAGCAGUUGACUUGUUUAACAGAGCUCCAGACCAAAGUGUUAAGUUUUCAGUUUACACAGGUGAUGAUGACUCCACAACAGAGGCACACAUACGAGAAAAAGUAACCUACGAGGUUGAAAAAAACAGUGACAUUAUACAUAUGAAAAGAUCCCUCACAACACGUUUAUACAACCUUAGUCAAAAUGAGAAAUUUGACAAUUGUUCCCCCUUAUCUCAAAAGGUGAUAAAUUAUUUAGUGAAGUGUUUUUCAUAUGCUACUGCUCAAAACAAAGGAGAUCCAAAAGGGAUCCAAGCUGCGAUUAAGUCAAUUGUUCCCCACGCCUUUGGAGAUCACUCCAACUGUGAAACUAGCUGGUGUAAAUUUAAGAGCAACCCAGGAACCUACAAACACAAAGAGCUGCCAUAUGGAAAAGACCUGCAUGGAAAAAAAUUGAAAUUAGAACUAAAUAACAUCUUCAAUGACUACUCUACUGAUGCUGUGGCAGAGAAGCUUGCACCUUUGACAAAUUCCCAGCGAAAUGAGGCGCUUAACAGUGUAAUUGGAUCGAAAAAUCCAAAAAUAAGAUUCUAUGGUGGAAGUGAAAGCAAUGAUUUUCGUGUGGCCUGUCGAGUCGCUCAGACAAAUUUAAGAUAUACCUAUAUCAGCAGUACACUUGAGGCACUCAAUAUUGAGCCUGGCAAUUUCUGUGAAAUGUAUGGAGAAAAAAUGACUAAUCAUGUUCAAAAAGAUAAACUCAGAAAAUCUUCUUUGGCUUAUAAACGGGGAAGAGCCAAUGCCCGCAGGCAAAACAGUGCACAAACUGCUAAAAAAGAAGCAAAAGAAGGAAAAACAUAUGAAACCAGAAUUGGACUGAACCUAGAUCUGAGCAUCUUGCCUGCAAGUACCAUGAAAGAAAUUGAGACCAUUGUUUCACCAUACACUCCACGACCACUGGCAACAAAAGUGAAAUAUGAUGAAAACAAAUUUUAUAACUUCUUAAUUUUUGACACUGAAACAAACACUACAGGAAAAUCUGCUGAGCUCUGUCAAUUAUCAGCUACUGACCAAACUGGCCUUUAUCAAUUUUCAACUUACACUUUACCUGUACAUGACAUUGAUCAUUUCGCGUCAAAAGUAAACAAACUUAAAAUAGUCAAGGUAAGUGGCGAAAGGAAACUUUACAAAGACAACAAAGAAGUAAGUACACUACCGUUGAAGGAAGCAAUGUCACAGUUUCUUGGCUUUGUUUCACGGUCAGUAGAAAGAGCCAAGUCACGCACAAACAAGAAUGUCGUAACGGUGCUCCUAGGUCACAAUUCUCUCACAUUUGACGUUCCAGUCCUGUUAAGAAAUUCUGAGAGCGACUUUAAAGAAAGAUUACAGGCAAUGGACGUUUUCUUUGCCGAUUCUCUCACGUUGUUUAAAACACUUGUCAGAGAAAAAGUUCCCUUCUUGCAAAAUCCUGAUGGAACCUUCCCAAAGACGAACCAAUCAUCACUGUAUUCUUUCCUGUUCCAAAAGUCCUUCAACGCACACGAUGCUUUAGAAGAUGUUUUAGCACUACGAAAAAUACUUUUUGAGUCACGGAUAGACCUUUCGGAGAAAACUGUGGUCGAGAACUCGGGUGUUGUAAGUGCAAGCCACGCAGCUGAGGACGUGAUUUAUUUGGAUCGCCGCCAUAUUCUAAUGCAGACUUUCAAAGGAAAUCUUUAUCAUCCGCAAUACCUCAAGAAGAACAUGAUUGAAAAAAUAUCCGGGAGUGGGCUGGCAUUUCAAGAUCUCCGAAAGAGUGUACAGCAGGUUUGGAAAAGAGGGGCUGAUUGCGACACUUUCACAACCACCUUCUUCAUCGCCAUUGCAAUCACCACGAGUGACCACCACCGCUCGAAUUUUGGCAACAAUAGUCAAGUACUUUGA